GGUCUUUUAGGUGUGACUCUAAAGUAUUUUAUAUUUUGUCUUCAUUAAUUUUCAAAGAACAUUAUAUUUUUUGAAAUUAUUCAUUUGGUACAUAAAUACAUGCUGUAAUUAUUCAAAUGUGUCUUCAAAUGUGCGGCUUGUUUUCCUUUCACACUUAAUUUCUAAGUUCUCCUUGUGCUGUUAUUUUAGACGGAGUCCUGCUAUAGUAUUUGACCAUGAGGCAUUAUAAUUUUAAAAUGUUUAUUUUUUGUCGGUUUAAAAAAAAAAAAAACUUCUGCUCAGGGUGUGUCUCACUUCUCAUUGUGCCUGAUGAAAAUUCAAGAUAUUUUCACAAAACACUCAAAUGUUCAUCUUUACAACCAUGCAUACUCAUUGUAGUGUGUAAACUAAGAAAGUGCAAAUGAAUUCUUUGAUCAAAGAAAUUAGGUCACACCCGUUGGGAAGCCAAGGAGGAAGGAAACUGGGGCUACUCAAGUUGCAUGAUUAAAAGCUGGAAGUCUUUUCACAAGGCCUAACUAAACCCCUGGAAAUAGCAUUUGAACAGGAACUGCUCCAUUCAAUUCUAAAAGUACAUGCAAGAACAUAAUGGCGCUCCUCCUGUGGCUUGGCCUGUCACUGCUGGCAUGUGUCCACUCCACCGCCGUCAAGAACUGCCACCCUGGUUGCCUCUGUGAGGUGGAAAGUUUCGGCCUGUUCGACAGCUUCAGCCUGACCAGGGUGGAAUGCCGAGGGUUCGGACCCGGCUCCACCAUGCCAAUCCCCAUCCCUCUGGACACUACUCACCUAGAUCUGUCUUCUAAUGCCAUGGGCCCACUCAGUGACACCAUGUUAGCUGGUCCAGGAUACACCACCCUAGUUAGCUUGGACCUCAGCAGCAACCAUAUUACAAGGGUAAGCCCCAAUGCUUUUUCCAAGCUGCGUUAUCUGGAGACUCUAGAUCUGAGCCAAAACAAUCUGGAGAGCCUCCCCCCUAGCUGCUUCACUGGCCUCCCUCUGACUGAAGUUGACCUCAGUCACAACAGCUUCCAGGAGUUUUACUUGGAUGUGUUUGCUGCUAAAGUUAAUGGUGAACCUGUCCAUGUGGAUCUGUCCUAUAACAAGCUUGUGUCACUCUCCAUGACUUUACAUGGGAAAGUAUUACACGUUCAAAGCCUAAAUCUGACUGCAAACCGGAUGUCGAGCGUACCAAAGCUGGCAGGACUUCCGCUGAGGUACCUCAAUCUGGAUGGUAAUCCCAUCACAUGCAUCCAGGAGGGAACUUUUGCUCAGCUGAAAGAUCUGGUUUACUUAUCCAUCAGUGGCCUCCAAGAGCUCCAGGAAAUUGAGGCGCAGAGCUUCAGAGGCCUCCAGAGCCUCCAGGUCCUGGAUCUCUCCAACAACCCCAAGCUUAGUACAUUGAACCCUGCAGUCUUUAAUGGACUGGAUUCCCUGCAAGAGCUAAAUUUGUCCGGCUCAGGGGUAACAUUCUUACCAAGUAACAUGUUAACAUACCUUCCCAGUAUUAAGAGUAUCACACUGGGACGGAACAUCCGCUGCUGGAGGACCCAGAAACAGGGACAGUUCCACCGGCAGCUGGGGCAGGUCCAACACGAUGAGGUGCUGAACUGUAACGUGGAGGGCAUUGUGUUGUGAACCUGUGCUAGAAGAAAUGGACCACUCCUUACAGUCUUGAUGCCAGAGCUGUGCCUUCUCUGCUUUGAUAUGCAAAACACUUUCUUGUGUUAUCCUGAAUCAAUUACCUCUGUUCCAAGGUUGGGAUAUGUCUUAAUGGUUUAAUGUAGCCUUCAUGAACUAGUAUGAUAAAUGGUGUACCUUUUGAAAACAUGAUGGAAAAAUGUACAGUAUCUUACAGAAAAUAGUACAGAAUUAUUCCUUUCACAUAUUAACAUUUAGUCUAAACUGGUAAAAAAAACUUUCAUCAAUCAAAAACAUUAAGUCAUGUUUGUAUGUUAAAAUGGGACCAUACCAAGAAUUAUUUGCACUUAUUCCAGUCGCAAAGGUAUUUUUAGAAAAAAUGCACUUACACAUGGCCAAAAUGUCAUCCAGUGUAAAAAAAAAACCUCCGAUGCAUUACUAAAAAAUAUCCACACUGAAGAAUAUUUUACGACUGUUGACCACUAAGAUUUUUCAUUUGACUUUGAAUGUGAUGCUUUAUUUAAAUGAUUCAAUGAAUUGUUUGAUGUCUUGGGAAAUAUAUGUUUGCUUUCUAGCUGGGAGUGAGAUGAGAAGAUUGAUAAUGCACUCAUAUUUGUCUGUUCAAUAUGAAGCUGGAGCCAGGAGACCGUUAGCUUAGCUUAGCUUUGCUUUGCUUAGCUUAGCGUGAAGACAGUUAGCUGGCUCUGUCACAACUAACAGAAUGAAGCAACCACCACCUCUGAAGCAUAUUAAUUAACUAAGUAAUGAAUUAACUUUUAAUACAUUAAUCAUUUUUUGCUUAAUUUGUACAAAUGCAGUUGUGGUUGUAAGAGAGCUUUCCAGUUUCCAAAGGUUAGUAUAGCCCUGUACAACUACAACUUGUUUUUUGUUUUUUUUGUUCUUACAUUUUUGUACAAAUAAACACAAAUGAGCUAUAAAGUAAGAAUUAGCAAGCUUUAGAGGUGCUGGUAGCCACAAUUUAUCAAUGUUGGACACAGGCAGGUUAGCUGUGUUCCCCUGUUUCCUGUCAUUAUGUUAAGCUAAGCUAACCAGCUGCUGACUGCAGCUAUGUAGCCUACAUAUGUGAGUGUGUCAAUCUCAUCUACCUCUAGUGCAAGAAAAUGAAUAAUGUUAUUUCCCAAAAUAGUGAUUUAUUCAUACCAUGAAGCAUAAGCUGGAAACUUACAGUAGACUUGUUACAAAGUGUAACUAAACCUUGUUGAGUGUAAAGAUAUUUUCUUGUUACGCUCACAAAAUGACCAUUUUAUUACUUGAAUUUACUUCAGCAGAUGCCAGCUCAAACCUGAGAGCCUGUUUAUUGCGCUCUCUUCAUAAUGACACUUUACCUUGGUGCACAGCCUUUGCAAAUUGGGUGCAUGCAACCUUUGACGCGGUGCUCGCUGACCUGUGCUUUGCUCCUUUCAGCCAUCUGACACAACAAGAGUAAACAAGCUGUGACCGUAUUGACCAAGAGUUCUUUUUGACCUGCUGUCAAAUUUGUCUCCAAUUGUCAUUUCAAAACACAUUUGAUCAAUAAAGCAUAACACACUUGCAAUAUUUCAGCAAUAUGAAGUCAUAUUUGCCAGUAUCUGUUUUAAAUACCCAGCUGCACUGUGUAGUCAUGUCUAACCUUACCUUGGCAUUACUGUGGCUUUUGUGUGGAAAUAAGAAGACUAUCAGCCUCAAGACUGCAUAUUAGGGUUUUUGAAGGACAGCAAUUUGAUGUUUCGGUUUUCAGAUUUUAAAGGAUAUCCACCUUAUCAGUUGGCUAAUUGAAAGUCAGAUGAGUCUUGGUGUAGAGGUUUAUAUUUGUAUGUAUGUAACUAUAUUGUAUGUAACUUUAUAUAUAUAUAUAUGAAUUAUAUGUGUAAUAAAUUGACUUUUCUCACA